AACGUGUCAUUUCCGAAAGGCUCAGCGCCGCUGGUUGGAACCAGUUCCCUUAUCAGAGCCAAGUGGCUCAGCUCGCUGGGGUCCAGGCCGGCUGGAAGCAGCAAGGAGCCAUCCUCCGAAGGGGCUUAUAAAGAAAGGCUCCCUGGGUCUGCGAAGAAGCGUUUCGCAUCCCCAGCCAAAGCUACCAGAUCUCAGAGGCCAGAAGAGAAGCAGGGGUGAUGGAUGCCGUGGCCUGGUGUCGCUGGUCCUCUGUGCUCUUGGUGUUCUCCCAAGCAGGCCUGGGUUUGAGUAAUCCUGUGGCCUGGAGUCCUUCCAGCGAAGAACUGCAGUCCCUGCAGGACCUCCUCGAGCGCCUGAAGGGAAAAUUUCUGGAAGGGGAAUUGGAGGCUCCCAUCUUGAGGUCUGACGAGGCAGAUGAUGGUUCCGACAUGGACCUUGUUGAUGCAGAAACCCUCUCCUCCAGCCAGCUCAGACUUCAGACUUCCCUCCACCCUGCAGAAGUGGACGACCACUGGAUGAAAUUCCUGGCUUCCCCAAAGCGGAGGAGAUAUUUCUCUGGAUGCUUCGGGACGAGGCUCGAGCGGAUCGGGACCCAGACAGGCCUUGGGUGCAAUGUCUACAGAGCCCGUUCUUGGAGGAAACCCAGGAGUUGAAACCAGAAGAGGACCUCUUUGUCGGCCGCCCCAAAAGUUUGGACAACAAAGGCUGCAAAGUUUAUACAGACUGUUAAAUCUGUUUGAGAACUCUCUGUGCACAGUCCCUCUCAAGAAUCAUACCCCUUCCUAGACAAUAUAAAAACCUGUAUAUUCA